AGUGCUCCCAUAUACCUACCCCGUGCAGAAGGAACGGGAUUCGUCGGUUACAGGUGGCUUCAGAGAGCAGCGAUCAAGUAAGGCACCAAAAAGCAAUGCUAAACAACCGCACAAUACUCACCAUCCUCGUCAUCGGGACUUUCUACACCUGCACAUGGGCAGUAGUGCCAGACGCCUGGGGCGCCGCUCUCCCACCGGAAAUGGCUGGUGCCUUGACCCGGAAGCAGUGGGUGCAGGACAGGCGGAACACGAUGGGCCGCGAAGUAGAAAAUCCCUGCGCGCUGCCGUCGGCCGUACGUCCACCGGCCUGCGACUGGUGGCUCGUCCAUCGGUACGCCAGGAGCUUUGAGGAGCCGGAAGUUCGCCAAGACAGAGACAGUAUCGGCGCACAGAGGUCGUCCCUGGCACUCGGCUACCUCCUGGGACUGCCUAGCCGCGUCCCCAGCCGCCGCGCCACGGCCCAGAGGCCAGUCUACUUCAGGCGCGGCUUAUGACGUUCCCGCAUGGAGACAGAUGUGGAUUUAGCUGAGUAGCUUGCCAUGCCGGCUGUGCCGAUGACGAGAGAGGACGACGCGGCAGACCAAAAGUUCCACACGCGCACGGUUUGCGAUAUCGGAAAAUGACUUAGAUGGAAGGCAACAAAGAGUGUUGAUAGAAUAUACCAACAUUUGCACUAAAUAUUAUCUCAGUUGUCUCUUUCAGGACAGAUUCUAAAGGUAUAAUCAAAAAUGGAAAUAAUAAACCUUGGAACAGUGAAAUAACAUUUCAUGGUAAGAUUUACCCUUUUCACUGUACAUGUAUCUGAGUCUAGCACUUGCCACAUUUGCUCAGAAGAGAAGUCUAAUGUAUUCACAUAAAACCAAGGGCAGCACCUUUUGGCCCAGGCAUAUAUGGAAAAACGCAAGAAAACUAUACCUAGAGUGCAAGACGAUGUACAAUUGAUUUCGAUCCUAAAUAGAAAGACCAAAUAUGUAGUUUACAACACCUGUUGUAAUAGGGGAAACAACGUGUGUGAUACUGCUUAACAGGGGUGAGUGCCCCCGAACUCACAACUUAGUAACUAAGAAAUAAAAUCAAGAAAAAUGA